AAAAAUAAAAAGACUCGGUUUACGUUCACUUUUUGCUGGGUGGAGGGAUUACUAUAUAUAUAUGUAACACAAUAUGCGACUACUAAAACCAUCUAAAACAUCAUUUUAGGGAUUCAUUGAACCAAGAGGAUGGAAUAUGCAAAUUUUUUUAAACAAGGUCGGAAGGCGCCCGGUGCAACAUCUAGAGAAGCAAAAACCUUAAUUCUCUUUGGGAGAGUUGGGAAUGGAAAAAGUGCUGUUGGUAAUAGCAUCACUGGAAAAAAGAAGUUCUUAUCUAGGAUCAAUGCUUCUUGUGUCACAACUGAAUGCCAAAUGGAGACAACUAUGCUGGAUGAUGGUCAAGUUGUUAAUGUCAUUGACACACCAGGGCUAUUUGAUUCGUCAAAAGGAUCUGAUUAUUACAUAGAAGAGAUGGACAAAAGCAUCACUCUUGCAAAGGAUGGGAUCCAUGGAUUCCUUUUGGUUUGUUCUAUUCGAACUCGGUUUUCGACAGAGGAAGAAAGUGUUCUUCGAAGUUUAGGGGAGUUUUUCGGCAAGGAGAUCAUUAAUUACAUGAUUAUUAUUUUUACUGGUGGUGAUGAUCUAGACACGACCUUCUAUGAGUACUUAUCUAAGUCUCCUCCUUCCUUGCAGAAAGUUCUCCAGCUCUGCAAAAACAGAAGUGUUCUUUUUGAUAAUAAGACUAGAGAUGAAAGCCAGCGUAAAAAGCAGGUUCAACAACUGAUGUCACUUGUCAACAAGAUCAAAUCUGAAAACGGACAACCAUACAAAGUUAAUGAAGGUGAAAUGAGGAAGAAGGAGGAACAUAUCCUAUAUGAGGCUCAGCAGAGACAAAAUGAAUAUUUGAAACAGCUUGAGGCUCAACAGAAACAACUUGAAGCCCAAAUUGCAUUGAUAAACGGGGCCCAAUCAAAACAAUCUGAGAUUGCUGAGACGGUCCAGCAGGAGUUGAAAGCAAAGAUUGAGCAACUUGAAACGGAUAAAAAUUCGUACCAGCAGGAAAUAGUUAGAUAUGAAAUACUGACGGAUGGAAUUAAAUCGUUAGAAAGUGAACCGGUUGAAGAAUACCAUAGCCGGAAGCGGGAUAAACUGUUUAUGGCUGCUAGUGUGGCCCUUAAUGUACUUCCAUUUGCCGCAGCAUGUACUAUAAUGUGAAGUUGGUUAUAUCCGGUGGUAGUUUAAUUUUAGAUGUUAUUGGGUACGGGUGAGCAUUAAUAAUAGAACAUCCCGUUUUUGUUUAUUCCAUGUGCCUUUUAUAUAGAAUACUAACUGUGAUGCUAGUGCUUUGCAUGGGCCCAGAUAAUUAUAUAAAAUAUGUAUUUUAUUCGUUUCAAAGAAGAUAUGUCGUUGUCAAAAUGUUAA